AUGAAAUUGUGUGAAUUAUUGUUCAUUUCAUUUAUUGUAAGUUUAGUAAAUGCUAAGACUCAUACUUGGUAUUUCAAGACCAGUUGGGUUGAUGCUAACCCAGAUGGUGUCAAAGAGCGUAAAGUGAUUGGUUUCAAUGACACAUGGCCGCUUCCAACUUUGAGGGUUAAUAAGGGUGAUAGGGUUAACUUGUACUUGACUAAUGGUUUCGAUACUGCUAAUACUUCGUUACAUUUCCACGGGCUUUUCCAGAACGGAAGUUCCCAAAUGGAUGGUCCUGAAAUGGUUACACAAUGUCCUAUUCCAGCUGGUGAAACUAUGUUGUACAACUUUACUGUUGCCGACCAAGUUGGUACAUUCUGGUAUCACUCGCAUACUAAGGGUCAGUUAGGUGAUGGUAUGAGAGCUCCAUUCAUUAUUGAAGACGAUGACUAUCCAUUUGACUUUGACGAAGAAGUUGUUUUGUCGCUUUCCGAUUGGUACCAUGAAAAGUCUGACGACUUGAUCGAAGACUUUAUGAGUAGAUACAAUCCAACUGGUGCAGAACCGAUUCCAGCUAAUCUUUUGUUUAAUGAAACUAGAAAUAACUCUUGGGUUGUUGAACCAAAUAAGACAUAUUUUGUCCGUAUUGUUAAUAUUGGUGGUUUCGUCACUCAAUAUCUUUGGAUGGAAGAUCAUGAGUUCGAGGUGGUUGAAAUUGAUGGUAUAUAUGUCGAAAAGAACAAGACUGAUAUGUUAUAUAUCACAGUCGCUCAACGUUAUGGUGUUUUGAUUAAAACUAAGAAUAGCACUGAUAAGAACUAUGCUAUGAUGACCAGGUUUGAUGACACCAUGUUGGAUAUUAUUCCAGAUGAGUUGGAAUUGAAUUCAACUAAUUACAUGGUGUAUAACGAAGACAAGGACAUGCCUAAGGAAUAUAAGGUUGACAGUAUCGAUGACUUCCUUGAUGAUUUCUACUUAAAGCCAUUGAGCAAAGAAAAGUUGUAUGACGAUGCCGAUCAGACUAUCACCAUUGAUGUUACUAUGGAUAAUUUGGGUGAUGGUGUCAAUUAUGCUUUCUUCAAUAACCUUACUUAUAUUAAACCAAAGCUUCCACCUUUGAUGACCGUUUUAUCUUCCGGAGAACAUGCUACAAACGAGUUAGUUUAUGGUAGUAAUACUCAUACUUACGUUUUACAAGAUAACGAUGUCAUUGAUAUUGUUUUGAAUAAUGGUGAUACCGGUAGACAUCCUUUCCAUUUACAUGGUCAUGUUUUCCAAUUAAUUGCUAGAGGUAGUGCAGUAGAUGAUGACGAUGAUCCAGUUACUUACGGUGAUGAAGAAGAUGAUGUCGAGUUUCCAGAAUAUCCAAUGAUGAGAGACACUGUUUAUGUUGAACCACAAUCGUACAUGGUUCUCAGGUUCAAAGCUGACAACCCUGGUGUUUGGUUCUUCCAUUGUCACAUUGAUUGGCAUUUAAUCCAAGGUUUAGCAAUUGUUUUGGUCGAAGCGCCAUUAGCCAUCCAAGCUGAUCCUAGACAGAAGUUGCAAGAUGACGUCAAGAAACAUUGCGAAAUGCUCGACAUGCCAUAUGAAGGUAAUGCUGCCGGUAAUUCUAAGGACUACUUAGAUUUAACUGGUCAAAAUGUCCAAGUCGCCUACUUACCUUCUGGUUUCACUGCUAGAGGUAUUGUUGCCUUAGUAUUCUCUUGUAUUGCUGGUUUCUUAGGUGUUGUUAUGAUCGCUGUCUACGGUAUGGCUGACAUUCCAGAUGUCGAAGAAAGAGUUGCAAGAGACUUGGAUGUCGAUAUCGACGAAUAUGAAGUCAAUACUUCAUCUACGGAACAAGCUUCUAUUGUUGAAGAAAGAACCCAUUAG